AUGGACUCAGAAGAGCCCUGCUCCUCCUCACAGAAAGGAUGGGUGACCACACCUGGCCUUGCCCCUCUCAACUACUCUCGUCUCCCAUGGCAGGUCCCAUAUACAAAACUUAUGUCCUUGCCUGUUGGUUCUUUCUUGAAAAUCAAAGGCACACCUGCCGUGUCUUUCGGCAAGAACCCUCAACUGCAGGUGGAUUUCCACACUGAACAUGAAGAUGACUCAGACAUCGCCUUCCAUUUCCGAGUGUACUUUAACAGCUGUGUGGUGAUGAACAGCCGUCAGGGUGGGAAAUGGAAAGAAGAGGUGAAAACAUCUGUUAUGCCCUUUAAGGAUGGCCAACCCUUUGAAAUGGGCAUCUCGGUGCUGCCAAAGGAGUACCACGUAAUAGUAAAUGGCUGCCAAAGUUAUACUUUUCCCCAUCGACUUGACCCAAAAUCUGUGAAGAUGAUCCAGGUGUGGAGAGAUGUGUCCCUGACCUCAGUGAUUAUCGCUUAGAGAAGGAUGUGACCAGACUCCCCGUUGUCAAGGAGACCCCUCCACCUAAGUGACUUUGUGGUUCCCAGAGCUCACCAACAACAUGGGUUCUCACCCUUCCCCCACACUCGGUCAUUAAAACUCCUGAAAACA